AUGGCGGUGCCGGUGCGCGCGUGGGGAGGGGCUCUGAGCCUGCUGGUCCUCGGGGCAGCUACAGUCCUUCUCCUUCUCACUCAGCAAGAUGAUCAGGCUGGGCCGCCAGGAGAGCUGAAGCUGAGCGAGGAUGAGAGCACUGUUGACCAUUUCUUCGCAGUGCCAGGGUUUGACAAGCGCUCCCUGCAGUCAAGACUCCGAGUGAGCGACCAGGACCAAGAGGAUGCGGCAGCGGCGGCAGCUUCUCUGCCAGUAUCUGACAGCGGAGCGGAAUUGCCAGAUGCGGAGAUAGCACGCCAAAUGGCACAAGGAGGAUAUCAGUUUGCAAAGCGGCAAAUUCAUAUCGCUGACUCCAAGAGUGCAACAGGAGUCAGAGGGGGCGAGGUAGGGGGUGGCUUGGGAAGCUUGGGAGGCAAGCAGAGUGAGGCAACGAGCGAGAGAAUGAGGAUUGAAGAAAACUCUGCUGACGGCACUUUUGAUUCUCAAAGUGACGGGAGAGGAUAUUCAAAUGCUGGAGGGGAGGGAGAGGGAGAAACUGCGGGAGAGGCAAGCGGAGGUGGUGGAAUGGGAUUAGAAAGACCUUGGGUAGAGGGCAAGGCAGAUGCCUCGGGCAGAAGCGGAGGCACCAGUCAGGGACCUUAUGGGGCAGCUGGUGAUGGGCGAAGGGAGGGUGAUUGGGGGUUCGGAGGAGACGAAGCUGGGAAUGUGGGUGGAAGUGGUGUUGGCAGCUCGUCGUCUGCUGGAGGGCAGGGGGUUGGAGCAGAUAAUCUGAAGAAGUAUUGGGCGUCGAAGAUGAUCAGCGGCCUUGUGAAGAUUCUUGAUCCAGAGGGAAGCUCGGAAUAUCUUCAGAAGAUAAAGCAGAUGGCAGCCCUUCCUGCUGGCAUGCAGUCACAAGCUGCACCUGGGUUGGCUCCGAUGGAUGGUGGUCAUGGCAGAGAAGGGACGUCUGUGGCUGGGGGAGCCGGCCAGGGUGGGGAAGGGGAAUCGAGCGAAGCUGGGAAUGGAGCAGGGGAAGGAGAGGAUGGAGCAGGGGAAGCUGGCUUGAGCGAUGCGGUCUCCAAAGACCUGGAACGUCUCAUCAAGAGCAGAUGGAAUUCGUUCAAGAGCAAGGUCGGGAGAGACCAUUCGUUUUCCGCACAGGACAUGUCCCUGAUCAGAGGGCUGGUAGAGUCAUACGUGAAGGGAGUGGAUGGAGCAGGGGCUGCAGGUAGGCAAGGAGGUCAAGCAGGAGAUGGGGAGUACGCAAAGAUUCUGUUUGGGAAAGGAAAGUCAGCCGAGUCUGCCAUGCGGGCUGCCAGUCAAAUUGCCCAGGCGCUCGACGGCAAUCUUGCAAGACUCGGGAUCGGAGCUUCAGGGCAGGGAGGAAGCGGGGUACACGGAAAGGACGGGAUGGCAGGAAGCGAGGGAGCGGAAGGGGCGGAGGGAGCAGAAGGGGCAGGAGGCUCAGCAUCGUCUGUGGCAGGACGAGGGGCAGCAGUCGAGGACGCGCUUGCUGAAGCUUUCAAUGACGAGGGGCUCUACAUCCCUCCCAAGAGCGGACUUUCGGGGAGUGGAGUGGGAGGAGGCUCCCCCUACGGAGGCGUCCUUCCCCUGAAAAAGUUGGAGCCUUCCUCUGCGGCCGGCUCGGGAGCUGCGUCUGUUGGGAGCUCAGCAGGAGCAGGAGCAGGUGCAGGAGCAGGUGCAGGAGCAGGGGGAGGAUGCGUGGAGGUGAACAAGAGCGUGACGAUCCUGUGCGACGAGAACUUCUUCAUCCGACCCAGAGUCGAGCCGCUCACUGGUGAACCCCUGACCUGCUGGGAUGGAGUCCAGCUGAGCAGCUGCGGCUCUAGAGGAGGGGUUGCAGUCUGUCAGCAGGAUCGCCGCUUUCAGCCCAAGCUCUCCUGUGCUGGCCCCUUCUGCUCGCUGCCGGCUCCUCACCCUCACGCCUCCGUCUCCCCCUCAGCUCGGGUGCUGGCGGGGGCAAGCGUGAACGUCUCGUGCGAGGAGGGAUACUUCGUCUCCUCCAGCUCCGGGCCAGCUGGCUGGGGAGAGGAGACCUGCUUCCCCGACGGAAGGUUUCGUCCCCAGCUCAGGUGCGAGCCAUGGUGUGACCCUCCAGCUCAGCCCGAGCACGCGACUGUCUCGCGGCAUGACAUGGUGAGGAGUGGAGAGACUGUGGAGGUGACUUGCGACCGGGGGUACCUGGUGGCUGGGGAGGACGGGAAGAGGAGCAGGAGCAUUCGCUGCUAUCCCAACCGAUCAUUCUGGCCGGAGGUCUCGUGCGAUGGUCCCUGGUGCCCUCCCAUCUCUCCUCCCCCCAACAGCUUCGCCUCUCCUCCUGGGUACGUGCGGGUAGGAGACAACGUCAGCAUCCACUGCAGGGACGGGUUCGUGCCGUGGGGAGGAGGAGGAGAGUUUCCGGUCUGCUUCUCCAACCUCACCUUCUCCCCUGCUCGUGGUUGUGCUCGGAGCUGCGGGGUUCAUCCGGAGGUGGAGCAUGCGGCAGUCGCUCCCAAUGAGCGUCGGGUGCACCUUGGAAGAGGAUCGCAGCACGUCACCAUCGAAUGCAAUCAGGAUUACGUCCCUGUGGGGCCGGGGAGUACCCACCCCUGGUGCCAGCAGGAUGGGACAUUCACCCGUGCUGCAUCCUGUAUGCGCGUCUGCGGAUCGUUCGCUGCUCCCCCUCACUCCCUGGUGCUUGACCGCCCGUCGCCGGCCAGCAUGGUCAACGACUCAUUGGUGGAGAGAGGAUGGAGCUCGGAGCUCUCUUGGACGAACAGGACGGCGUCGUUCCUUCAGGGAGAGGAGGUCGUGAUGAGGUGCGAGGAGGGGUACCUCCCUGUGGGAGAUGGGAGUCUGCACCCGUCCUGCAUGCCCAACGGCUCCUUCUCUCCUGCCAAGAGCUGCCUGCGAUCUUGCAGCAAGUUCGACCCUCCUCCCCAUGGCGUCGUUACUUUCUUCCUCCGGCCCGGGCUGGACGUGCCUGUGGAGGGAGACCUGGCAUUCCUCCGCUGUCAGGAGAACUUCACGCUAGGAGGCAAUGGAACGCACGUGCCCAUGUGUAUGAAGGACGGAGAGUUCGAGGAGAGGAGGGUGUGCGUCCCCCUGCCGUCUCCUGUUCUGCGGAGGCCAGAGGUGCCGAUGACGCGGCUGAGGAAGUACGUGGAGGAGAUGGAGAAGCUGCUUCGGCGGGCGAGGAGGGCGACGAGGGGGAUGGGAACUCUAGUGCUCCACAUGAACGACCUCUUCAACCUGACAGACUUCGAGUAUCACGCCACCAAGACUCGCCUCCCCUGCCGGCUGGGCUUCGAGACCUACUGCCAUGAGCGGGUGAAGGAGGCGAAGGAGGCCGAAGGCUCGUCGUCCUCUGCCGAAGGCAACGCCCAGCGCUUGCUCGGCAUCGCUAAGUCCCAUCUGAAGCUCAUGCAGUCGGUGGACGAGCAGAUCGUGAGGAAGUUCACGAGGAUGCAGGAGGUGGAUGAGGAGGAGAUGGACAGGAUGGAAGCCUGCGCCAACGCUCUGUAUGCGGCUGAACCCUAUCUGCCAGAGGAGGAGGGGGCAGAUACAGUCGAAGUAUCUGCACCUUCUCCUCCUCCCCCGGCAAGCGUCAAGGUUGAGGGAGACGCUGGAGGCUCAUGGGACCCGCUGGAUGACGUUGAAAACUUCUUGUUAGGGAAGAGGAAGCAAGCAGGGAGCAAGUUGAAGUCUCGAGCGUUGCAGAAAGGAGGAGCAGGAGGAGGAAGCGGAGAGGGGGGAGCAGGAGGAGGUGAAGGGGGCAAGGCAGGAUCAGACUGGUACAACCUAGACGUGUACGACUUCCUGAUGGGGGAGAAACAACAUUCUUCACGAGAUAUAGACGUUCGAGGGAAAGGAAGAGGCAGACAAGCAGGAGCAGGAGGUGGGAGAGCAGCAGAAGCAGCAGGGGAGGACAUUUCGCAUGAUCCUCCUCCUGCUGUCUCCCACACGUCUAGGAGGAAGCUGCUGAGCAUCAGUUCGACAAGGAGCAGCCGACACUCGCGGCAGUUCACGUCAGGCUCUGCCCUCCUCCUCCCCGACCGCCUUGCAAGGACCUCCUCCUCUCACUCCAGCCUGGAGCAGCUCCGGACUGUGAUGAAGCACCUGUUGCAGCGCCUUAAGGUGCAGAGGAGAGAGAUCAUGAGGCCUGAAAGUACAUCCGUCGACGUCCGGAGGAGGGGGGAGCAGCAGCUGCUGCUGCAGCAGGAGGAGGCAGGAGGGGCUCGGAGCAAGAAACCUGCACGCGUGCAAGACCUCUUCAACUUCGAGGACAUCGAAAGGAUCAUCGACACCUCAUCUCCUUACACGGAGAGCGUCUGGAGGCCGUUGACCGUGUCGUGCCAUGACAGCGUCAAGGGCCUCAAGAAUGGGACGGUCUCCAUCACUCGGCGGGAUGAGCUGGUGAAGCAACUGGAGGAGGAAGCUGAACGAGUGGAGCAGCGCGUGGAAAUCUUCGUGAACAUGACAAAGAAGGAGCUGGAGGCCAUGAGAGAGAUCGUUGACGUCGAGUUGAAGCAACUGAAGGUCAAGAUCGACAAAUUGAACGCUAUCACCGAAGCAGGAUACAACACUGCAGACAAGGCCCUUGCAGAUGCGACAUCCGCUGAUCCGGACAAGUACAAGUCUCCAGUCGACAACAACGCCAACAUUCAAUCUAUCGAUGACAUCCAGAGAAUGGUGUUCAACGAAUGA